AUGGGUCACUGGAGAGAUCUGUUCAAUUUCGACCGUCGUCGGACCCGUCAUCGCGUGGCUGUAGAAAGUCGGAGGCUUCUACCCUCGUACAUUGCGGAUGAGCCACAGCCAUCUGACUCUUCUAAAGAGAUUUCUAAAAUUGCACUUCGAUUGAAAUAUCAAAUUGAACAGGUUGUCUGCUGUGAGAUCGACGAAAGUGUCAUAACCGACCCCAACAGUCGCAUUAUCACACAAGAUGUCAUUGAAACAUCCAAGGGAGCUGGCGGCGAAGACUACAAGGCAUGUGUGGUCUUCUGCCUUCUAGUCUGUCUCCGCUGGUUCCAAAUGCAAGCUUCAGUUGAGCUUUGGGACGCUGAUCUCCAUGAAGUUCGAGCUAUUGCUUGUGAGGUAAUCGCCAAGCGGAUCAUUGAGGGCGAGCAAGAUCAAACUUAUUUACUUAAGAAAGUUCUACUGAAGCGCUACUCUAUAUUUUCCGAAGGCGUUGAAACCGAUCCUGCAAAUGUGAUUGAACGCUCUGUGGAUCUCCAUGCAUUGAGGAUCAUUGGCUCCGCUCCCUAUCAGAAAUGUAUUCAAUUCCUAUGGCGUGGCUGGAUAUGUCAAGAAGAAGGAAAUCCAACAAACUUUGUCGAGUACGAACUGAAGGGGGAUACUAACUACUGGAUUCACUUCCACCCUGAUCGGAUGCGAACCCCACUCUAUCAGAAUAUCUGCCAAAUUGUCUUUUCUCUGAUAUAUCUCGCUGUAUACACUGCUGUGAUCAAUACUGUCAAUCCAGAAGGUGACAUCGAUGUUGCGGAGGGAGUUCUCUAUGGAAUGACGCUGGCAUUUAUCUGUGAUGAAGCAAUCAAAUUUUGGAAAGUCGGUUGGAAUUACCUGGAGUUUUGGAAUGCCUUCAACUCUACCCUCUACGGUCUACUCGUUAUCUCUUUCAUCUUGCGAAUUGUUGCAUUGGCACAUUCGACUUCAAACGGCGACCAUGAGCGGCAGUAUUUCAAUGGUUUGAGCUAUAACUUCCUAGCUUUCGCAGGACCUAUGUUUUGGAUGCGAAUGAUGCUCUAUUUAGACACCUUCCGGUUCUUCGGUGCGAUGUUUGUGGUUCUAAGAGUUAUGAUGAAGGAGAGUUUGAUCUUCUUCGCUCUCUUGUUCGUCGUUCUAGCUGGAUUCUUCCAGGCCUUCAUCGGCAUGGCCCAGGUGGAUGAUGAUAUACCCAUCACUCGGCUCAUAAUUCAAGGAAUGGCAAACAGUGUCAUGCAAAGCCCCGAGUUUGAAACUUUCCAGGAAUUUGCCUUCCCAUUCGGAAUCAUUCUGUACUAUGUGUUCAACUUCGUUGUUAUGAUCGUCCUGUUGAAUAUUCUCAUCGCGCUGUAUAACAGUGCCUAUGAGGAUAUCUCCGGAAACGCUACUGAUGAGUACAUGGCAAUUUUUGCGCAGAAAACCAUGCAAUUUGUCCGUGCUCCAGAUGAAAAUGUCUUCAUUCCACCAUUCAACCUGAUCGAGAUUUUGUUUGUGAGCGCACCGUUUGAAUGGUGGCUCUCGAGAAAGCAAUACGCAAAGCUCAAUGACGUCGUUAUGGGUGUUAUCUACUCUCCACUAUUAGUUUUGGCUGCCUGGGUUGAGACUCGUCAGGCCGAACAGAUCCAGUGGAAUCGUCGUCAUGGUGAAGAAGAUGAAGAAGAUCGCCAGGAGUGGGAAUUGGUGGCAGGAGAUGUGGAUUUUGAGCUAGACGAUACUUGGAUGGAAGAAGUGAAGCAAAGUACGCCUGAUAUCAAGACUGAUAGCUGCACUCUUGAGGUUCGCCAAUUGCAACAACAGGUGGCGGAAUUGACAGAGUUGGUGAAAGCUUUGAGUCAGCAGAAGCAGAUUGCCAUCAUGGCAAAACUCGCGGACGACCCCCAGAUCCAACAUGCGUCCCUGCAUAAUCCCCUCCCUUUGCAGCUCCAUACGUACAUCUGGCCCUUCUUAGUCAUUUGGCCGGCAUUCUUUGCCUUCUAUUUGUCUGAAGAGCGUUACGAUACCUAUAUUCAAGGCCAGGAAUGGACCUUCGUUUUUGCGGGGUCCAUCAUCACGGCCCAGUCCCUCCUGUGGUUGAUGACCAAGUGGAACAUUAACAUCAGGACCCUGUUCACUUCUACCAGAGCUAGCUCUAUCGAUACCGCUCGCCAGAUCAAGGUCAUCCCGAUCACCAAUGCCGGCUCCGCGGAAAUCUGCGACCUGAUCCACGAUACCUCCAGUGGCAAGAAGACACUUUCAUUCCUGUUCCAGAAGCGCCGCUUCCUUUACUACCCCGAAACCCGCACCUUCGCACCCCUGUCAUACGUUCUCGAUGAGGAGCCAAAGCCUGCUCUCAAGUACUUCCAACAGAGCAAGGGUCUCACGACCAGAGCGGAGAUUGAUAGCAUCGGUCACCACUAUGGCGAUAACACCUUUGACAUCCCAGUCCCCGGAUUCAUUGAGCUCUUCCAAGAGCACGCUGUCGCACCUUUCUUCGUAUUCCAGAUAUUCUGCGUUGGAUUAUGGAUGCUGGAUGAAUAUUGGUAUUACUCUCUCUUCACUCUUUUCAUGCUUGUUAUGUUUGAGAGUACCGUUGUGUGGCAACGCCAGAGAACUUUGAGCGAAUUCCGUGGAAUGAACGUUAAGCCAUACGAUGUCUGGGUCUACCGUGAAAAUAAAUGGGAAGAAAUCACUAGCGACAAGCUCCUUCCUGGUGAUUUGAUGUCUGUCAACCGUACCAAAGAGGAUGGAGGUGUUGCUUGCGACAUCUUGCUCCUCGAGGGUAGUGCUAUUGUCAACGAGGCCAUGCUCUCUGGUGAGAGUACACCCUUGCUCAAGGACUCUGUUCAACUUCGCCCUGGUGAUGACUUGAUUGAGCCCGAAGGAUUGGAUAAGAACUCUUUUGUGCACGGAGGAACUAAGGUUCUCCAAAUUACCCACCCCAAUGUCCCCGCCGAAGAUGCCUUGAAGAACCUUGCUCCUGGUAUCACCAUUGCCCCAGACAACGGUGCCAUAGGUAUCGUCGUUAAGACCGGUUUUGAGACCAGCCAGGGUAGCCUUGUCCGCACCAUGAUCUACUCUACUGAGCGUGUCUCAGCCAACAAUGUCGAGGCUUUGCUAUUCAUUCUGUUCCUCCUUAUUUUCGCGAUUGCCGCCUCUUGGUACGUGUGGCAGGAAGGUGUUGCCAAGGACCGCAAGCGAUCCAAGCUCCUCCUGGACUGUGUCCUUAUCGUUACCAGUGUCGUGCCACCGGAGCUGCCCAUGGAAUUGAGCUUGGCUGUCAAUACCAGUCUGGCUGCCCUCAGCAAGUAUGCUAUCUUCUGUACAGAGCCUUUCCGUAUUCCUUUCGCUGGACGUGUUGAUAUCGCUUGUUUCGACAAGACCGGUACUCUGACUGGAGAGGACCUCGUCGUCGAUGGAAUCGCUGGUCUCACUCUGGGCCAAACCAGUGCCAAGACUGAAGCCGAUGGUGCUCACACCGAGCUGGCCAAGGUCGAGGCUGUUGGACCUGACACCACACUUGUUCUCGCCAGCGCUCACGCUUUGGUCAAACUGGAUGAGGGUGACGUUGUUGGUGAUCCCAUGGAGAAGGCUACCCUGCAGUGGCUGGGUUGGGUUCUGGGCAAGAACGAUACCCUGAUGUGUAAGGGUGUUUCACCAAAGAUUAACUCCCGCCCCGUCGAAUCGGUUCAGAUCAAGAGACGUUUCCAAUUCUCUUCUGCUCUCAAGCGCAUGAGUACCAUUGCUACAGUCACCGCCAACGACCCCAAAACUUCCAAGAAGAGCAAGUCUACUUUGGUCAGCGUGAAGGGUGCGCCCGAGACUAUUGGCAGUAUGCUGGUCAAUGCCCCUUCUAACUACGAAGAGACCUACAAGCACUUCACUCGCAAUGGUGCCCGUGUUCUCGCCCUCGCUUACAAGUAUCUUUCCUCAGAAUCUGAGCUGUCUCAGGGUCGCGUGAACAAUUACGUUCGCGAGGAAGUUGAGUCUCAACUGAUUUUCGCUGGUUUCCUUGUUCUGCAGUGCCCUCUGAAGGACGAUGCAGUUAAGUCCGUACGAAUGCUGAAUGAGAGUAGCCACCGUGUUGUCAUGAUUACUGGUGACAACCCGUUGACUGCUGUUCAUGUCGCCCGCAAGGUUGAAAUUGUUGAUCGUGAGGUUGUUAUCCUGGAUGCUCCUGAACAUGAUAACUCUGGCACCAGAGUUGUCUGGCGAACUAUCGAUGAUAAGCUCAACCUUGAGGUUGACCCAACUAAGCCCCUGGACCCCGAAAUACUGAAGACUAAGGAUAUCUGUAUUACUGGUUAUGCUCUGGCCAAAUUCAAGGACCAGCAGGCUCUCCCCAGCCUUCUGCGCCACACCUGGGUUUAUGCUCGUGUUUCUCCCAAGCAGAAGGAAGAAAUUCUGCUUGGUCUCAAAGAUGCUGGUUACACUACUUUGAUGUGCGGUGAUGGUACGAAUGACGUGGGUGCUCUGAAGCAAGCUCACGUUGGCGUUGCCCUUCUGAAUGGUUCCCAAGAAGACUUGACAAAGAUUGCCGAGCACUUCCGUACAACUAAGAUGAAGGAGCUGUAUGAGAAGCAGAUCAGCAUGAUGCAGCGCUUCAACCAGCCCGCUCCCCCAGUACCUGUCAAUAUCGCCCACCUCUAUCCUCCUGGCCCUGGUAAUCCUCACUACGAGAAGGCCAUGGAACGCGAAGCCUCUAAGAAGGGUGCCGCUGCUGGCGCCGCUAUCAAGGCCGGCGAGCAGAUCCCCACUAUCACCUCCCCUGGUGCCCAGGCUCUCCAGCAGCAAAACUUGACUCCUCAGCAGCAGCGCCACCAGAACGCCCAAGCUGCCGCUGCCGGUCUUGCCGACAAGCUUACCUCUUCCAUGCUGGAGCAAGAACUGGAUGACAGUGAACCACCCACCAUCAAGCUUGGUGAUGCCUCGUGUGCCGCGCCUUUCACCAGUAAGCUUGCUAAUGUUAUUGCUAUCCCCAACAUUCUUCGACAAGGUCGUUGCACCUUGGUUGCGACAAUUCAGAUGUACAAAAUUCUUGCUUUGAACUGUUUGAUCAGUGCCUACAGUUUGAGUGUCAUUUACUUGGAAGGAAUCAAGUUCGGUGACGGUCAGGUUACCAUCAGUGGUAUGCUGAUGAGUGUCUGCUUCCUCUCCAUCUCUCGCGCCAAGUCUGUCGAGGGAUUGUCCAAGGAGCGACCACAGCCGGGUAUCUUCAACUUCUACAUCAUUGGAUCCAUUCUUGGUCAAUUCGCCAUUCACAUUGUUACUUUGAUCUACCUUUCCAACUAUGUCUAUAAGAUUGAGCCAAGAAGCGACAAUGUUGACCUUGAGGGCGAGUUCGAGCCAUCUCUUCUCAACAGUGCCAUCUACCUGCUCCAGCUGAUUCAGCAAAUCUCCACCUUCUCAAUCAACUACCAAGGCCGUCCGUUCCGUGAAUCUAUCCGCGAGAACAGGGCUAUGUACUGGGGUCUCAUCGCUGCCUCAGGUGUCGCAUUCUCCUGCGCUACUGAGUUUGUCCCUGAGAUUAACGAAAAGCUCCGCCUGGUUCCCUUCAGCAAUGAGUUCAAGGUCACUUUGACUGUGCUCAUGAUCUUUGACUAUGGUGGUUGCUGGAUUAUCGAGAACGUGCUUAAGCAGCUUUUCAGUGAUUUCCGCCCCAAGGAUAUCGCUGAACGUCGCCCUGAUCAACUGAAGCGUGAGGCCGACCGCAAGGCAAAGGAGGAGGCUGAGGCUGAGGCCUUGAAGGAGCAGGAGAGAAAGGUUUAA